GAAGUUCAAGCAAGAACAGAUUAGGUUACAUGAGAGACACAUGUCACAGUUGCUAAAUUUCAUGUGCACCAACGUCCACGGCUGUAUUUCCGUUUUGAAAGCAUUUGGAUUUCCUCUAAAAGGUGAAGACCCAAACAGACGGUCAUGCUCGAUGUGUUAAUAAUAGGCGGUGGCCCUCAUGCCUUGACCUUGGCGAGCUUGCUGUCCAGCCCUGACCCUGAACCAGACUCUGACCAUGAAGGAGACCCUCCCUUCUCCACUUCCAGCUCCAGCUCUGACCCUCUCAGGUCUCAGGCAGGUCCUGAAAACUCUAAAAACAAACUCUUCACUGGCAGAAGGAAGAGAAGAACCACUGCUGGUCAGAUGAUGGAGGAGGUGAACACAUCAUCAGAGUGGGCAGCCCCCCCCUCACUCACUGUCCUGGUGGUGGACACCUACGGAGAGUGGACGGGUCUGUGGGAGAGUCAGUUUACAGCUUUGAACAUCCCUCACCUGCGCUCUCACACACUGGUGCACACAGACCCUCUCAAUAAGAAUUCGCUUCAGGAGUUUGCGCUCAAACACGACCGGUGGGAUGAGCUCCACAGUCUUCCAGAGCAGAUUUACAUCCUGGAUGAAAAUGCAUUCUUCAACGACAUGCGGCUGGGAAAGAAAGAGAAGAAACGUCUGAACAUCAAAUCUUCUCUGAAGAAGACUUUGUCGUUAAGUCUACCGGGAACCAAACUUAGUGUGGAUUUCUUUAAAGAUCAGGUGGAGAGAUACAAGUUGGACAAAAUCCUGCAGAAAGGAACCGUGGAACAAAUUGUUCCUGUGACUGAGGAGACACCAAAAGAGAGGGAAGAAGACACAAGUGACACACCCAUCAUGGACACUGGAAGCAAAGAAGGUGGAUCCAGGAGGAGAGUUAAAUAUUUUCAAGUUCAUCUUCAAGACGGCAAAAUUUUAAAAGCCAGACGAGUUGUUAUGGCAACAGGUCCAACCCGUGCUCAAAUGUCAAACAUCCCUACGUGGGUCAAACACAUUGAAGAGAUGUAUCCAGAAGAGCGUUUACAACACACUGUCCGUCUCAUGCAUCAGAAACCAAACUAUAAGCAAAAUCUCAAAGAAACAAAUGGUCAAAAACAAAGCAAAGACCUUUUCAGCGGAGUAUGUGAGGCAGGACAGAGAGUAAUGGUAGUUGGUGGAGGGCUGACCAGCGCUCAUGUCGUCUCACUUGCCCUGCAGCAGGGGGCCGGCCAAGUGACAUGGGUCAUGAGAAAACACCUGCAGCUGAAACAGUUCGAUGUGGGUGAUGUGGAAAGCCUGGUGGGUCGCUACUCUCACGUGGAGCAUGGCAUCAAAUUGGAUGGCCAAGCCUACUUACGGCAGUUUUACAACGAGCGGAGUCUGCACAAACGUCUGACUAUGAUUCGCCAGGCGAGGAAAGGAGGGGCCAUCACCCCAGAGGCCUACGUCCACCUGCAGCCUUUCAUACAGAAUGGACAGGUGGAGCUCAAAACAUUCUGUCAGGUGAAUGAGGCCAGCUGGUGCUACAGGACCCAAACCUGGAAUCUGUCCCUCAGCUCUGGGGACCGCUGGACAGGUGACACCAUCUGGCUCGCCACAGGCUGCAAACUUGAUGUCAGACAAGACCCGCUUCUUUCAGAGGUGAUGAGAGAAUUCCCAAUUCAGGUGAUAGAUGGAUGGCCUUGUAUAACAGAUGGUUUAAAGUGGACAGAAGACUGCCCACUUUAUCUGAUGGGGCAAUACUCAGCUCUUCAAGUUGGACCUCAUGCUGUAAACCUGGCUGGUGGGCAGGCUGCUAGCAUGCGGAUAUCUAAAGACAUCAUUCACCAUCAGAACCAGAACAGCGGAUUAGUUUCUGACAUGAAAGGAGGAAAAUCCAAAACAGAAGAAUAUAUACAACAGAUGCAAGGACUAUUCUGGCUAUGACCCUACAGAACUCAGAUGGAUCAAGUGCUCACCUACAGAUCUCUGAUUGACCAGGCACCUGACUACCUGAACACAGAUUUUAUCCCUACAUACGGCUUUAUGCAACCUUCGUUCCACAUCUCAAAACCUGCUAGCUGUCCCACACACUAGACUAGAACUAAGGGAGCAGACACCAGCUCCCAGACUGUGGAACGAUUUGCCCCUGAAACUCCAUCACUCUGAGUCAUCACCGGUUUUCAAAACACAUUUGAAAACCUGCCUGUUAAACCAGGCCUUCUCUCAUUAAUUGUUUGGUUUUGUUUAAACAUCUGUUGAUGUUAUGGCAAAUGUUCCUUGUUUAUGAUGAUUCGGAUUUUCAUGAUGCUUUAUUUGGAGUCAUAUUCCUUGUGUAGCUACAAUGUGUUGGGUCCAAAGAUCCUCCAUGUUUGAUCAUUUCAUCCAGUGUUUACCUAUGUUGUACAGAGUUUAUCUGCAAAAGGUGCUCUGUAAAUACAUUUUACUUACUAAUAGCUUCAAAUUAAUGUGUUUAGGGCUGAGAGGUGGCACAGUUAGACUGGUUCUGCAGCAAAAAUGUCUUUCAAUUCAAUACUAGGACUCAAUUUGGAGUUUACAUGUUCUCCUGUGCAAGAGUGUCUUAUCUCCAAGUACUCUGGUUUCUGACAGUCCAAAAACAUGCUAUUAGGGUAAAAGGGCAGUAUGUUCAUUUGUGUGGCUCUGUCCAGGUGAGCAACUCUCCAGAAUUACACACUAGAACAAAGAGAACAAGGAAAUGAAUGGCUGCUGUGUUUCCAUAAAUAAAGUGCAUCAUAAUG